AUGUCCCAGGAAGUUGUUCUAAAGGUCAAAGAAGAGAUAGAAAGGCUACAUAAGGCUGGUUUUAUAAGAACCGCCAGGUAUGUUGACUGGAUUUCCAAUAUAGUUCCAGUUAUUAAGAAAAAUGGCAAGCUAAGGGUAUGUGUGGAUUUCCGGAAUAUCAAUCUUGCAACUCCAAAAGAUGAGUAUCCCAUGCCUAUUGUUGACCAGUUAGUAGACUCUGCUGCCAAGAAUGAAAUUCUUUCAUUCAUGGAUGGACAUUCCGAGUACAACCAGAUUUACAUUGCAGAGGAAGAUAUUGCCAAGACAGCCUUCAGAUGUCCAGGUUCUAUUGGAACCUUUGAAUGGGUUGUCAUGCCAUUUGGGCUGAAGAAUGCCGGAGCAACAUAUCAAAGAGCCAUGAAUGCUAUAUUCCAUGACAUGAUUGGCUAUUUCUUAGAAGUCUACAUUGAUGAUGUGGUCAUCAAGUCCUCGGCUAAAGAUCAACAUCUCCACAAUUUGAAAAUGGCUUUUAAAAGGAUGAGGCAGCACAAGUUGAAGAUGAAUCCUUUGAAGUGUGUUUUUAGGGUUUCAGCUGGAAAUUUCCUAGGUUUCCUGGUCCACCAAAGGGGUAUUGAGAUAGAUCAAAAUAAAGCAAAGGCAAUUAUUGAAGCAAAGCCACCAGGCACUAAGAAAGAGUUGCAGCGAUUCCUCGGUCAAGUUGGAUAUUUAAGGAGGUUCAUUGCCAACCAUGCUGGAAAGACUCAUGCUUUCUCCCCUUUGCUGAAAUUGAAAGGUGUUGAGGAAUUCAAGUGGACAGAACAGCACCAGCAAGCCUUUGAAGGUUUGAAAAGCUACCUGGCCAACCCUCCAGUGCUGAUGCCUCCAAUCAAGAAGCGGCUUUUAAAAUUAUACUUAUCGGCCGCCGAUGAGUCCAUUGGAACUCUAUUAGCUCAGAAUAAUGAAUGGGGGAAAGAGCAAGCCAUCUAUUAUCUAAGUAGGGUGCUCACUCCAGUAGAAUGUAGGUAUACUUCCAUUGAAAAGUUGUGUCUUUCCUUAUACUAUGCGGCUAUGAAGUUGAGAACUUAUAUGUUGCCAGUGGCCGUGUAUGUAAUCUCCCAAAUAUAUUUGAUUAAGUAUAUGCUUUCCAAGCCUUUGAUCACUGGACGUAUUGGAAAGUGGUCAUUUGCCUUAAUGGAGUUUUCCUUCAAGUAUAUUCCACAAAAGGCAGUCAAAGGAAGGGCGGUAGUAGAGUUUCUAGCAGAUCAUCCAUCUACUAAGAUAGAUUCAGAAAUAUGUGAUGAGGUGGAUAAUCUCUACCUUGACUAUACACCUUGGACUCUUAUGUUUGAUGGAUCAAGCACUCAUGAUGGAGGUGGAGCUGGAAUAGUCAUCAUUUCUCCGAAAGAAAGGAAAACCAAAUUUUCUUUCUUCUUGGAUUUCAAGUGUACAAACAACCAAGCUGAGUACGAGGCAUUAAUUAUUGGGCUGGAGAUUCUGCUAGAGCUAAAGGUGGAGAAGGUCCAGAUUAUUGGAGAUUCCAACUUGAUACUUAGCCAAUUAUUUGAAGAAUAUAGAUGUCUUAACUGGCAUUUGAGGCCUUUCCUGAAAGUCCCACCGGGUGUGGAAGAAGCUCAGAUCACAGUUAAAAGAAGAACUCUUCCUUCGGUAGAGUUAUGGUAUGAGAUGGCAAGUCAUUUCCAAUCUGAAGAGCCAGAAAAAUUCAAACCUGCCAAUAAGCCAUGGGAGGUUUUCAAUAUUGAUAUAGAUGGAUUAGAUUUGGAUGAUUGGAGAACACCAAUUAUCCAAUUCUUGCAAGAGCCUAGCUCCAAGGUGGAUAAGAGAAUUCAGCUUUUGGCGCCACAUUACAUUCUGAUUGAUUGGGACCUCUAUAAGAAGAGUAAAGAAGAUGGACUUUUGUUAAGAUGCCUUGGAAAGGAUGAAUCCAUGAGGGUAAUAGCGGAAACACACCUUGGAAUAUGCGGAGCACAUCAAGCUGGAAUCAAGAUGAGGUGGCUCCUUAGAAGGUAUGGUUAUUAUUGGAAAGGCAUAUUGAAAGACUGCAUAGAGUUUGCCAAGACUUAUACUGCAUGUCUAGAACAUGGCCCGAUCCAAAGAGUUCCAGCUAUUAAUAUACAGCCGAUAGUGAAAAUAUGGCCAUUUAGAGGGUGGGCUUUGGACUUUAUUGGAAAGCUAAGGCCUCCAUCUUCAGAUCGCCAUACUCACAUAGUGGUGGCAACCGAUUAUUUCACAAAGUGGGUGGAAGCUAUUCCACCAAAGACUUUGAUCAGUUCCACUCCAUAUUUUGCCCAAGCAAAUGGACAGGCAGAAGCUUCCAACAAAGUAGUCCUCAACAUCCUUGAAAAGAUGAUUGAGGAUCAUCCAAGGGAGUGGCAUCACUUGCUUUCUGAAGCUCUUUGGGCCUACAGAAAUUCAAAAAGGUCAAGUACAGGCGUCAUACCAUAUGUGUUUACAUAUGGACAUGAUGCUGUCCUUCCAAUGGAGAUGACAAUCAAGUCUGCAAGGGUGGCUUUCCAAAAUAGGCUAACAGCAGAUUACAACCAUGCCAUGUUAGCGGAAUUAGAAGACCUUGAUGAAGUUCGUCUCAAUGCUCUAGAUCAUAUUAUUGCUCAAAAGAAGAAAGUCAUGCGGGCAUACAACAAAAAGGUUAAGGCAAAGACAUUUAUAGAAGGAGACUUUGUAUGGUAG